AUGAAAAAAAAUUCAUCACAAACGGUAUUUCAAGGAAGCUUUAAAGGUGAUCAAACAUGCGAAAAGCUUUUAAGUACUUUAGACUCAAUAUACAUGAAUUCUCAUAAUCCUUAUACUGGUUUUCCAUUAGAUUUUUCUCCCUUUUUAGGAAAAUCAUUUAAGUCAUCAAACCUAGACUUAUCAAGUACCGUACCCAAGGGCAGUUUUUAUUGUGGAGUUUUUGAGAAUUUCCAAAAAGAUAAAUGAAACAAGCCAAAUCGUCAAUUAAUUUUGCAUUCCAGGGCAAGGCAAGGCUAUCAUCAGUCUUCAAAAAACUUAAAUAGUGAAUUAGCUUUAUCAUCUGUAGGAAAUGGAGAGUUUGCGACUUGUCCGAAUUCUCCUGACUAUCCACAUUAAUUUGCAAAAAACCAUUAAAAUAAUUCUAUUUCUCAAAAAAUCCUAUAAGAAAAAUUUAAAAAUUUUUAUUUUUACAAAUAAUAAUUUGAUAUAUAAUUAAUGAUUGUUAUAAUGAAAUCUCCACUAGUUCUAUUUCAAUUUAGACAGAUUGCAUUAUAAGCUAAAAUUUCAUAUAUUUAAUUGUAUAAUUUGUUCGAAUAAAUUAGAAUUUAUAUAAAUAUUUUUAAGCAAUUAACCCUCUUGAAUAGAGAAAAACAUCUUCUCGCUAAUUACUGACAAAUAAGAGGAGUGAGAAUUAUUCUAAUAAAGCUAUCAGGCCAAAAACUGCUACAAAAAUGAAUGGAGCAAGGCCUGCAAAAUUCUAUAGAGAUUUUGGAAAAAGUUUUACAAGGACUAAUUCGAUCGUUGAUGGAAAGUAUAGAAUAAUAGGCUAUUUUCUGCAAUUAUUUCUAUAAAAAUAAUAUUAUUUCAUAAAAGAUUUAGUUGAAUAUCAAGUUUUAGAAAUUAAUCAAAAGCAUCAUAAUUUAAAAUUAGGCUGGAAAUAGAAGGAAAAAAAGGAAAAAUUGAUAAAAUAAGAAUCAAGAGAAUCAUUGGUACUUCCAGUAAAAAUGAUAAAAAGAAGCCUUUAGACUCAAAACUGAAUAAAAGCAUCACUUGCAACUUAGAUAAUCCAAAUGGUCUCAAAGUGGAAAUGCCUAUAAUUAGAGUAACAUCCAAGAAGAAUAUAAAAGAUAAAAAUAUUCAAAAAGCGAUCUCUAUUGGAAAUUUAGAGCCUUGAUAA